UGGAUUGAUACACAGGUCCAUAGCUCUUCAAUCAUGGGAAAGAUCAUCUUUUACGAGGAGAGGAACUUCCAGGGGCGCUCCUAUGAGUGCAUGAGCGACUGCCCUGACAUGUCCUCCUACCUCAGCCGCUGCCAGUCUUGCAGGGUGGAGAGUGGUUGCUUCAUGGUUUACGACCGUUCCAACUUCAUGGGUAACCAGUUCUUCAUGAGGAGGGGCGAGUACUCUGACUAUACUCGCAUGGGCAUGACUGAUUCCAUCCGUUCCUGUAGAAUGGUCCCCAUGCACAGAGGACAGUUCAGAAUGAAGAUCUACGAGAGGGAGAACUUCGGUGGUCAGAGUAUGGAGCUGAUGGACGACUGUGAUUCCAUCAUGGACCGUUACCGUAUGUCCGACUGCCAGUCCUGCAAUGUUAUGGAUGGCCACUGGCUCAUGUAUGAGCAGCCCCACUUCAGAGGCAGAAUGAUGUACAUGAGGCCUGGCGAGUACAGAAGCUUCAGGGAGAUGGGAAUGAGCAACAUGAGGUUCAUGAGCAUGAAGCGCAUCACUGACAUGUGUAUGUAGAUUGUCAUUCUGUAAGACAAACUCACCUCUUGAUUCACUGACAAACCAUUUAAUUGCAUUAUAAAUGAUUGUCUUUGGAUUUUUCAUAUAAAAGUAAAAUUCUCAAAUAAAGAAUUUAUUCAUUUGUAAUAACAA